AGGCACCGGCCGUGCCAGCGUCCUAUAUAUAUAUGGACGGGGCGAAGGCGAAUGAAGAACACAGAAUACUAAACACUAAGCCUGACAAGGUGGAAAUCAACAAAUUUCGGAGACAUGAUGAUCUGUGGACGAAGUCUGCUGCCUGCCCUGUGCACUCUGCUGCUCAUACAUACAGUGGUCUCUCAGAAGUGCCCAUCCCAGUGUGGACCAUGCCCAGAGGAACCACCAAACUGCGCCCCCAAUGUGCCAGUCAUGCUAGACGGCUGUGCCUGCUGCCCAGUGUGUGCCAGGCAGCGAGGAGAGAUCUGCUCUGAGGUGAUGCCAUGUCAAGACGAUCUGGGCUUAUACUGCGACUUCAGCGCGGAGCCAAAGAGUGAUGUGGGCAUAUGCAUGGCUCUGGAAGGAGGUGCAUGUGUGUAUAAUGGAGCUCUAUACAACAACGGGGAAGUCUUCCAACCAAGCUGUAAAUACCACUGUAAAUGUGACGACGGGCAGAUCGGAUGUGUCCCAAGAUGUAACCUGGACCUACAGCUCCCAGGACCUGAUUGCCCCUUCCCUAGAAAAGUCACCGUCCCUGGAGAAUGCUGUGAGAAGUGGGUGUGCGACUCCAGAGAAGAAGUAGCCAUCGGAGGCUUCGCUAUGGCUGCCUACAGACCUGAGGCCACAUUGGGAUUAGAUAUGGGCACCAACUGCAUCGAGCAGACCACAGAAUGGAGCGCCUGCUCUAAGACGUGCGGCAUGGGACACUCCUACAGGGUGACAAAUCGUAAUCGCCGCUGUGAAAUGCAGAAACAGAUCCGCCUGUGUAUGGUGCGGCCAUGUGAUGAAGAGACCCAGGGACUAGUAGAAAAGAAAGGCAAAAGAUGCCUUAGAGUGAAGAAAUCGGAGAAAGCCGUCCAUUUUGAAUACAAUAGCUGCGUCAGUAUUCACAGCUACAAACCCAAGUUCUGCGGCACAUGCACCGACGGGCGAUGCUGCACCCCCCACAGCACCAGGACGGCCCAGGUGGAGUUCUUCUGCCCAAAUAACCGAAUAAUGAAGAAGCCGGUCAUGUUCAUCAACACGUGCGUUUGCCAUAACAACUGCCCCCGCGACACCAGCCUCCUCCAGAUCGACAACGCCAGAUUCCCCAGCCUGAGAAUAUAUUAGUCUGACCUACGAUGAGACUUCAAGGACCAAAUCCACUGCAAAAACUGCAACCCUGUAGUAAUAAUAGCAUCACUGAUGUCUUCAGGAUCUUCAUGUGAUACUUUAGGGACCAUGUGACUUACGUGUAGUACCGUGGCAGAAUCAGGACGUUGUAUCUGCUGUACAGUGCACUGCCUCUCCAUGCUGCACAGACUUGUUUUUAGGCCUCUUCAUUUUCAAGAAGCAGGAAUUAGUAAAAAGAUCAGAGAUUGGCAGAGAGAAGACUCAAUUCUGUGCCCAUAUAAUGCACACCCACCAUCACUAGUCCUAAAGCACUAUCUGUUUCAUUCCAGCACAGCUGCAGUAUCUUAUUACUGUAACUGGGUCAUGUGACCCACAGAAAGUCAAAUGUGUCAGAGGAACUGGGUCAGCUGACUCCAUGUGAACUACAGGAUGACAUCCUCAUCCGAUCGCUCCUGCUAGCUCCAAGACCCCUUCCACUCCGGGCUCUAUCUGUAUACUGCUGCUUCUAUCUCUGUGGCAGCGUUUCCCAACCAGUGUGCACUCUGGGGCUGUUGCAAAACUACAACUUCCAGCCUUAAACAGUUUAAUACAAUGAGCCCAGAUUGGUUAUUCGUGUUGCCUGUAAAUACUGUAAAUUGUAAUUAUUUUGUUAGUUAAUAUUCACUAUGUCUAGAUUGUUAAACGGAUUUAACAACAGAGAACUUCCACCUAAAACCAGAGCAAUCACCUUUAUAUAGAAGGUUCAGAGGAGUCCUGGUCAGCUAGGUGCCAACCAAUAUGGCCGCCAUUAUAGCUCCCACAGGGGCAGUGGUCCACAGCUUGUAAACCACUGCCCUUGUGAGUGCUGCAAUGACAGAAAUACUAAUAGUCACUCUAUAGAUCUAAAAGUCUAGUAAAAAAGAAUACCUAAUAGACUUGACCUAAUUGGCUUUUAAGUUGCAGAUGGAGAUCCUCUGUAACGCUGAGGUUUAUCUUGUACAUAGCGACCAUGUGAUUCUCGCCGAUCCCUUUCUCGUGUAUUUAUAAAGUGGCUUCAUUCACAUACGACAAACGGCAUCUUGAUAAGGAAAAAAAAAAAGUUAUUAUUUCAUUUUUAAAUAUUGUGUAAAGCUAAUUUCUAUUUUUGUAAUAAAUCUGACAUUAUAUGUGUUA